CCGAACGAGGACUACUAGUCCCACUCGCGUCUUCGCUUCCCAGGCGUGGUGGGAGAGGAGAGGAGAGGACGACUCGGCCGACCCGACCGACCCUCGCGCGCUCCGCCUUCCCCGCCUCGCCGUCGCCAUCGCCGUCGCCGAGGGAAUAGCAAGACAGAAUUAUGAGCUCAGAGAGCAGUGCAAGUAAUGGCCAUGCGAAAGAAGCAGCAUUAUAUGAGCAGCAGCUGUCCAAGAUUGGUGAAGUUAGAGCUGCUCUAGGACAACUAUCUGGAAAAUCUGCACUAUACUGCUCAGAUGGUUCAAUUGCGAGGUACCUGAUAGCAAGGAACUGGGACGUGAGGAAGGCUACCAAAAUGCUUAUGAAAACCUUGAAAUGGCGUUCAGAGUAUAAGCCGGAUGAGAUCCGUUGGGAUGAGAUAUCGGGUGAAGCCAUGACUGGUAAAAUUUACCGAAGUGAUUAUUUCGACAAGAGUGGACGGAGUAUUCUUGUCAUGCGGCCUGGAUGCCAGAAUACCAAGAAGUCCAAAGGGCAGAUCAGGUAUUUGGUAUACUGUAUGGAGAAUGCAAUUCUAAAUCUUCCAGCUGGACAGGAUCAGAUGGUUUGGCUGAUUGAUUUUGCUGGCUUCAGCUUGCCUAAUGUGUCACUUCUAGUGACAAAGUUGACAGCAGAUGUCUUACAAGGUCAUUAUCCUGAAAGAUUGGGUGUGGCAAUUCUUUAUAAUGCUCCCAAGUUUUUUGAGUCUUUUUGGAAGAUGGCAAGUCCCCUUCUUGAGCCAAAAACGAAAAAUAAGGUCAAAUUUGUGUACUCGGAUAGACCUGAAACUGACAAGAUAAUGGAAGACCUUUUCAACCUGGAUGAGUUAGAAUGCGCAUUUGGCGGUAGAAGCCCGGUCACUUUUAACAUAAAUGAUUAUGCUGCAAGGAUGAGAGAAGAUGAUAAAAAGAUGCCAUUAUUCUGGAGCCCCGAGAACUCGGCUCUUGCUGCAGAGCCAUAUCGCAUGAAGAACCACGGGUCUCAACAAUGUGACUCGGGUUUGAAGACUGAAGAGACUGCAUCUGACAUGAUUGGGGAAACAGAAGCUGCAUCUGAAAAGAGUGGAGAAACAGACACUGCAUCGGAGAAGGAAGAUGCCGAGGCUGCAUCUGAGGAGAGGGAAGAGACCGAGACUUCAUCAGGGAAGAGGGGAGAAAAUACGACUGAAUCUGUAAAGGAGGAAGAAACUGUGACCGUUUCUGAAAAGAAAGAAGAAACAGAGACUGGGUCUGAAAAGAAAGAAGAAACAGAGACCGAAUCAAGCACUGUAAAAUUGACAAGCUCGCGAGGGGAAGGUAUUGCAUCAGCAGGCAAAAGUGGCAGUUCAUCUGAUCCUUGAAGCUAUCAGCAUGACAAGUACAUUCCAAUGUUGAUAUGAGCUCCCACCACAGUGAAUUCCCACGAACAGAUGAACAUUAAAAGUGAUAACAACCCUUUUAACACACAAGGGGGAAGUGUUGCCUGGCUUAUUUUGUAGUCGGCCCCCUUGUGACCUUGUUUGAAGAACCUUUUGGCAACAAAUGAACCUAUCAAACGGUAACAAUGAUAAAAUACUUUGCUACCCUCAGUUUUUGUAUGCCUAUUGCUCUUUCAAAACUAUUGGAGUGCAUGCUAUAUCCUGCUCUCCUUUUUUGGUAAAUCUGAAUAUCGCCUUUCCGCCA